GAGUGAAAAAUAGUAGUUUUUGUCAAAUUUUGAUUAAAAUUGUUUGUUUUGUAGUUUUAUAGUGAUAGUGUAAUGACUCAAAUGCCUAUAGGCGGGUGGAAAGAAUUAGAAAGUGAUCCAGGAUUGUUUACGUUGCUGGUUGAAGAUUUCGGAGUAAAAGGCGUUCAAGUUGAUGAAAUAUACGAUCUACAAGAAACUAUAAAAGGAAGUGUUUAUGGAUUUAUAUUUUUAUUUAAAUGGAACGAAGUUGGGAGAUCGCGAAGAAAGGUCCAAGCCACAGUUGACGAACCUUUUUGUAAAGAUGAGGAAAUUGUCAACAAAAUGUUCUUUGCUCACCAACUUGUGCCAAACUCGUGCGCCACGCAUGCUUUACUAAGUGUGUUGCUAAACUGUGAUGAUGUGGAACUUGGUUCACUUAUAUCUCGGCUGAAGCAUGACACUUACAACUUCAACCCAGAGAUGAAAGGAUUUGCGAUCGGAAACAUUCCAGAGUUGGCGUAUUCCCACAGCAAGUAUGCGAGGCCGGAAACCAACCCUUUACUUGAUACACAGAACAAACCUAACGGCCUCACGUCAUCCGCACGAACGAUUGAAGCGUUCCACUUUACCUCGUACUUUCCGUUCCAAGGACGGUUGUUUGAACUCGAUGGUUUGAAACCGUUUCCCAUCGACCAUGGUCCCCUCCCCACACAUGGCGCUUGGCACGAUAUGGCGAGGAGGGUUGUAACAUCGCGGAUCACUGCUGCAACCGGCGGGGAACAGUGUCACGAUAUUCGUUACAACCUCAUGGCUGUCGUGCCAUGCCAAGUUCAACAUUACCGAACAAAGUUAAACCAACUUAAACACGAUUAUUCUUCUGUGAAACAAAUAAUGAACAAUAUUCUGGAGAAAUCGGAAACGAAUUGUGAAGAAAUGUUUAAAUUUGAACCAAAAUAUGAAACGCACAUUGAUGACAAACAACCUCAUUUGUUACAAAACAAUGGCUUCCAACAUGACAAUGGUGACAAAGAUUUCGUUGAAAUUUUGAAAUCUAAAAAACUACUUGAACAUUUUGAUGAUGAUGUCAUAAACGUCAUUGAAACUUGUGGGACAGAUGAUUUGGAAACGAAAUGUUCGUUAAUAUUGUGUGCGAUGAAGCGCGGCGUGGAUCGAUGUGAGGUCUCGUUGAACGAGGAAGACGAACGAAGACAUCGGUACAAGGUUGACCAUGCACGAAGGACGCACGAUUAUGUUCCAUUCAUCAGUUUGUUCCUCGCUAUGUUGGAGGAGAGGGGGCAUCUUUCGAAUAUAUUGGAACCAAUCAUUCAACCGCGCAAACGAACGAUCGUUCAACCGAAGCAGAAACGAAGACCGGAGAAAAGAAGAUACAGAAGGAAGUAGGAGGGGGCGUGUAAAAGUUAGAAACCCAUGCCCUGGGUGUGUAAUAGGCUCCCUGUCUUCGGGAGUUUGAAACAGGGGUGACAUCGACACGAUUUAGCCAAUCAGUUUUAACAGGAAAACAGGUGUCUUUACAAACAAGCAGAGCCAAAGUAUAUUGCAUUCACCACAUUAAUCAAUGAGGUUCCCUAUGUUUGACAACUAUGAGUGUAACUGUAUUUUAACAAUGUCACCCCAUAUUUUACCCAAAAGAUCGUAUACUGCCUUUAUUAGUAUGGAUUGAAACCCACCCGCCCCAUGACUUGAUGAAUAUUUCACUUUUGUAGAAUCUUGAGCUUGAUAUUAUUGGAACAAUAAGGGCAUUCCCCAAAUAUGAUACCAAAGCUCCUUUUAACUCCUGGAAUGCUUUGUAACCAUUGAACUAAACAGUCGUGGUGGUAAAUCUGGUUGCACCGCUCAUCGUUGCAUACCUGUUCAUAAACACCAUGUUAAUAUUAUGCCUAUGCACCAUAUGUUGGGUUAUUAUGAUAAACAUAAACUUUUCUACAAAAUUAAAUUUG